AUGGCUCCAAAGUGUAACGCCUGUGGGAGAUUUUUGGCGGCGAUCGAGGCGGUGACGUGCCCGAAAUGCACCGCAACGAGUCACAGGGCCUGUGUCGGCAUUCCCCCGUCGGCACAAGUGGAUAGCUCGUGGCUGUGCCCUGAAUGCAGAGCCAGGAUGCCAAGGGCCAAUGCAGACAGCACCCCUGUGCGACGAGCAGUGGGCAUGCAGAUGCACAGCAUGGACGUUUCGGACCUGGAAGACCAGCUGAACACCACUGCACUCGACACGACUGUAGAACUGCAAACGGUGCAAGAACUCAGCCUAGAUAUCCGCACUUUUCGCGAAAACAUGAAGAGAGCAAGCGAGGAGUGUAAAGUGUGGAAGGCAGAGAUGGCAGAGCUUCGGUCGUUUAUGACUUCUAUCGGAGACAGGGUGACACAGCUUGAAGAGCGGAUCGGCAUCGUUGAGAGCCAGAUGUCCUCUCAAAGAGCGGACGAAGGUGCCAUUAAGUCCCUGGAGACUACCGUUUCGCAGCUGAAGAGGGACCUCAACGAGCGGGAUCAAGAGCUGCUUCUCAACGAUGUGGACAUCGCCGGAAUACCCGAAGAAGAAGGCGAAAGUGUCCAGCAUCUUGUGCUGGCCUGCGCGGCAAAGCUGGGUGUCUCUCUGGAUGAGAGGGACAUUGUGGGCUGCCGGAGGGUGGGCUUGAACAGGCAACCAACAGAAGCUGAGCCACGUCCUCGCGCAAUCACCGUGCGGCUGGCACGACGUUCCACCCGGGACCAAGUGCUGAAGGCAGCUCGGGUUCGGAGAAGCUUAACCACGGAAGGACUAGGUUUGCGUUCAUCUCCGCGGCCUAUGUAUGUUAAUGAGAGGCUAACAAGGGAAAACCGCCAGCUAUUCAACCAGGCUCGGGAGUUAGCCAGGAAGACCGGCUGGCGGUUUGUCUGGACUCGUGAGGGCCGGGUCUACGCCCGCCAGGAGCACGGCGGGCCUGCAAUGCGCAUCAGGUGCGAAGAAGAUGUAAGGAGGGUUUUUGGAGGGAAAACGGUUUGA